CAGUUCACGGGUUGGAGAAGCUGUGUAGAUAAGCGUUCCUUGAGACCUGUGGCCGCUAGUGUACUUUCUCCGAUUCUGGUACUCCUUCACUCAAUUUUCCUCACUUUCUCGCUCUCCAAACUAGGGAACACAGGCAAACUGAGAAAGAGAGAAGCAAAGCCAAAGAAAACCAAAUCAUCAAGAUGGAUAGUGUCUUCUUUUCAACCCUCAAACUCACUCCACUACCCAAUGCCUCUUUCUCCAAUCGCCACUUCGCUUCUCUUUCUCUUCUCUCUCGCAAGUUUCCUAUCAGAAGACUCUCCGUUAAAGCCUCUUCUUCUGCGCCUUCCACCUCCACUGCCAACUCUCAGACCAUCAAGAUCAUAUCGAUGCCCACAAAGCCGAUUGAAGGCCAAAAGACUGGAACCAGCGGUCUACGAAAGAAGGUUAAAGUUUUUAUAGAAGAAAAUUACCUUGCGAAUUGGAUUCAGGCGCUGUUCAAUUCAUUGCCACCUGAGGAUUACAAGGAUGGGGUGUUGGUUUUAGGCGGUGAUGGCCGAUAUUUCAACCGGGAAGCUGCACAGAUAAUUAUCAAAAUUGCGGCAGGGAAUGGCGUUGGAAAAAUAUUAGUUGGCAAGGAAGGCAUCAUGUCAACUCCAGCUGUUUCUGCUGUAAUCCGGAAGCAAAAGGCCAAUGGAGGUUUUAUAAUGAGUGCAAGCCAUAAUCCUGGUGGGCCUGAAUAUGAUUGGGGCAUCAAGUUUAAUUACAGCAGUGGACAACCUGCACCUGAAACCAUCACAGACAAGAUUUAUGGGAACACUCUUUCGAUCUCUGAAAUUAAGAUGGUAGACAUCCCAGACAUUGAUCUUUCUUGUCUUGGAGUCACAACAUAUGGGAAUUUCAGUGUUGAAGUUGUAGAUCCAGUUUCUGAUUAUUUGGAGCUACUGGAGAAUGUAUUUGACUUCCAGCUCAUUAAAGGUCUUCUUUCGCGGUCAGAUUUCAGGUUUACGUUUGAUGCCAUGCAUGCAGUUACAGGCGCCUAUGCAAAACCCAUCUUUGUGGACAAGCUAGGAGCCAGUCCAGAUUCAAUUUCAAAUGGAGUACCUCUGGAAGAUUUUGGGCAUGGUCAUCCAGAUCCUAAUCUUACGUAUGCUAAGGAUUUGGUGAAUAUUAUGUAUGGUGUUAAUGGACCUGAUUUUGGAGCUGCAAGUGAUGGAGAUGGUGAUAGAAACAUGGUUCUAGGAAGGAGUUUUUUUGUUACACCUUCAGACUCCGUUGCUAUUAUUGCUGCAAAUGCUCAAGAAGCCAUUCCAUAUUUUCAGAGUGGCCCCAAGGGUUUAGCUCGAUCUAUGCCAACGAGUGGUGCUCUUGAUCGUGUUGCUGAAAAAUUGACUCUUCCAUUCUUUGAGGUCCCCACUGGAUGGAAAUUUUUUGGGAACCUUAUGGAUGCUGGAAAGUUGUCUAUUUGCGGGGAAGAAAGUUUUGGAACAGGUUCUGAUCACAUUCGUGAGAAGGAUGGCAUAUGGGCUGUUCUAGCUUGGCUUUCAAUCAUUGCAUAUAGAAACAAGGACAAGAAACCUGGAGAGAAAUUGGCAUCUGUUGCUGAUGUCGUAAAGGAGCACUGGGCAACAUAUGGAAGGAACUUCUUUUCUAGAUAUGACUAUGAAGAAUGUGAAUCUGAAGGUGCCAAUAAAAUGAUAGAAUAUCUUAGAGAUUUGGUCUCUAAGAGCAAGGCAGGUGAAAAGUAUGGAAAUUAUGCACUUCAAUUUGCGGAUGAUUUCUCAUACACUGAUCCUGUGGAUGGAAGUGUGGCAUCAAAGCAAGGUGUUCGAUUUGUUUUUACGGAUGGAUCAAGGAUCAUAUAUCGUUUAUCAGGAACCGGUUCUGCAGGUGCAACUGUUAGAAUUUAUAUCGAACAGUUUGAGCCAGAUGUCUCUAAACAUGAAAUGGAUGCCCAAGCAGCAUUGAAGCCAUUGAUAGAUUUGGCGUUAUCUUUGUCGAAGCUCAAGGACUUCACAGGAAGGGAGAAACCUACAGUGAUCACAUAAGGCACAUUCCCAGUCAAGUUCAUUGUCCAAUGUCAUCCUAAGUUACAUGGAAGGCAGGUUGGGCUUUCCAUCUUUUCCCACUCUUCCACUCUCGAUCUCAUGUAGCCCAACAACAUUAUAGUUACAUGGAAGGCAGGUCGGGCUUUCCAUCUUUGUAUGGCGUAGGUUAUUAUAAAUAUUCUUUUUAUUCAGUUUUGGUCGUGCAGUAGAUAAUUUCCCUGUAAGGAAUAAGUUCUACCAUGUAAAAUGUAUGAAAUAAAUUCCCAUUAAAAAUAAAAUGUUCAUUUUCUUAAUAAUAUCAAUUCUCAAUGA